AUGAUUUCCCCACCACGUUGAAAGAAUUCGAAUAACCGAAGGCCCAAUCAGCUCUUUCGUUCUUGUUCUUACUCUUUUGGCGUUGAAGCCGGUGAUGCAUGGUUUUGUGCUCUGUAUUAGUUUUACUUCGUUUAUUUUGUAAAUUAAUAAUGGCAGAAAAUAAGGAACGCACCUUCAUUAUGAUUAAACCCGAUGGCGUCCAACGUGGACUCGUUGGGAAAAUAAUUCAACGUUUCGAAGACAAAGGUUUCAAACUUGUAGCAAUGAAAAUGUUGUGGCCAAGCGAAGAUUUAUUAAAGAAACAUUAUUCAGAUUUGGCAUCCAGACCGUUUUUCCCAGGUCUAAUUAAAUACAUGAGUUCGGGACCAGUUGUACCAAUGGUAUGGGAAGGUUUAAAUGCGGUGAAAACUGGCCGUGUUAUGUUAGGAGAAACAAAUCCAAAGGAUUCAGCACCUGGAACAAUUCGUGGUGAUUUUUGUAUUCAAGUUGGACGCAAUAUUAUUCAUGGCUCUGACUCUGUUGAAUCUGCCAACAAGGAAGUCAAACUGUGGUUUGGAGAAGAGAAGGAAGUUAUUGAUUGGGCAUCUUGGGCAGAGAAGUGGAUAUACGAAUAAAAUACACGAAAUUUUCAAUAAGGAUAUUUAUUGUAAUAUCUAUUCUUUUAUAUCUGGGUAUAACAUCAAGAAUUUCUUGUACAUAAGUUUGCUUGAUAAGCAAUAAACCAGAUUCAUAUAUA